UCCAACCUGGCCUUGAACACUGCCAGGGAUGGGGCAGCCACAGCUUCUCUGGGCACCCUGUGCCAGCGCCUCAGCACCCUCACAGGGAAGAGCUUCUGCCUAAGAGCUCAUCUCAAUCUCCCUUCUGGCAGGUUAAAGCCAUUGUCACUUUAAUGACAUAUAAAAAGGUAAAACACUGAGAACAGAAAUUCCUUCUCCAGAUUCUGUGGUAGAAUUAUAUGAAGCCCCAUGAAACACCUCUGCAAACCAUUGUGGAUUGGUUCAUGGAGCCUGCUCCAGUGCUUUUCAUAGAACACAAAUUAAAAUGUUGUAAAACCAUGUUAUCUGGGAGAGCCCUAAAAGGGACAGUGCUGAGCAUAAGCACAGAUUAGUUUUAUUAUUUUAUUUUAGUACUACAGUGAUUGAGCACAUUUCUUUUCUUUUUUACAGUUGUGGAAAUAAAAAUCACAAAGCAAUCCAGCACUCAUUUUCAUCCAGAAGAGUAAACCAAGACUGAAUUUCCAAGGCGUGGACGUCUUCUCUGAUUUUCAUUCUGUGUUCCUGUGCAAAAGAUGUCAAAAAACACUGCAGACAACUCAACUAUCAGUCAACCAGCUGUUCUAGGUGUGUUCCUGGGAAGCAUUUCACUCAUCACUGUUGUUAUGAAUAUAUUAGUACUAUGUGCUGUGAAAACCGAAAAGAAGCUGCAAACCGUUGGCAAUUUAUACAUUGUCAGCCUCUCUAUUGCAGAUCUGAUUGUUGGUUCAGCUGUUAUGCCCCUGAACAUUGUUUAUCUCCUCAAUUCUCAGUGGAUUCUAGGCUUACCAGCCUGUUUGUUCUGGCUGUCAAUGGAUUAUGUGGCCAGUACUGCAUCCAUUUUCAAUCUCUUCAUAUUGUGCAUUGAUCAUUAUCGUUCAGUUCAGCAACCAUUGAAAUAUCUCAGGUAUAGAACAAAAAGGAGAGCCUCGGUAAUGAUUUUGGGGGUUUGGUUGCUCUCUUUCCUGUGGGUCAUUCCAAUCCUAGGAUGGCAUGUUUUUGCUAAUGAUGGGAAAAGGAAAGUAAUCGAAACCAAGUGUGAAACUGAAUUCUCUGAAGUCACCUGGUUUAAAGUGUUGACAGCCAUUGUGAACUUCUACAUACCCUCUAUCAUGAUGUUGUGGUUCUACUAUAAAAUAUUCAGAGCUGUUAGAAAACACUGUCAACACCGAGAGCUCAUCAAUGGAUCACAUCAGUCUGUUUCAGAAAAAAACUCCAAACAUCAACGUAAGAUGAAGGACAAGCAAAACAUCUGCCUCCAAAAUCAAGUCUUAGAUGAGAACAGCCCUCCCAAACACAAAGAAAGUUCCCCUCAGCCUGAAAAUAUGGAGGCAGAGCUUCAGUUCAGUAAUCCUGACAAGUCUUCAAAGGCAUUCGUUGGCAAGAGUAAUAGGAAAGUCCUUAAAUGGGGCUGUUUCCCUCUUACCACUGCCCAGUCUGAGCCAGGCCAGGACAAAGCAGGAAAGAAGCAUGUGUGUGUAACAGAAGAGAACGAAACUGAAGAGGAGCCUUGCUCACAAGACAGUGACUUAAGUGAUGCAUCAGACAGCCAGACUUUCAGUGACGAGGUACCUAAUGGAGAAGGCUCCAAUCCUAACCCUGAAAGAGCUGGCAGUCCUCAGGAAAAGCCGGAGAACAGGGAUUUCAAAGGACUGUCUUACCUGAGGAAAACCUGGCAAAGUCUGCAUGCCCAUUCCAAAACACACACUCAAGGACUGCAUGUGAACAGGGAGAGGAAAGCAGCUAAGCAGUUAGGGGUCAUAAUGGCAGCCUUUAUGCUGUGCUGGAUUCCUUAUUUUGUAUUGUUUAUGGUAAUAGCUUUUCAUGGGCAUGAAAGUUUUUCACAGUUCCACAUGUUCACUAUAUGGCUUGGCUAUGUGAACUCCACCUUGAAUCCAUUCUUGUAUCCUCUUUGUAACCAGAAUUUCAAGAAGACAUUCAAAAAGAUCUUUCACAUUCACUGAUAUUGGUCUGAUUUUCGUCAGCUUAAAAGCAGCUCAAGAUUUCAACCAACCAAAAUGUUCCAGUUUCAAAGACAAACACAAUGGGGAACGUACACGACUUUGGAAAACUGUAAUUGAUAAACAAGUGUUAGUAAAAGUGCGAAGCGUGCAUUUAACAGCUUUACACAUUUGAAGAGGAACUAAUUCACAUCAGGAAUAUGAAAAACUCAGGGGCAAUCUCAGAACUGAUACACUGCUUACAACUUGAUAUUACCUCUUUCGUCAUGUAGAACAAAAAUGAGAUACAAAUAGAGAUCUUCAGUGACUAUAAAUUAUUCAGCUACAGCAAAAGAA